AUGGAUAUGAACGGAAGGAUUUCUUCUAACAAUGGUAUUGGUAAUGGGUUCCUUGAGAAUUUGGAGUUGAAUUACAUAACAUCGUUAGAAUCAUUUGAUCAUCAUCAGGUGCCUUUGAGCUUGAUUAAUGGGCAACAUACAGUAGGUUUAUCUGCGGGACAUCAUCAUGACCAAGACGAUAUCUCCAUGACCAGUAGAACAUAUUCACCCGAUAUUAAUGGAAAUCUGCAACCUCAUCCUCUUCAGCCGCCGCAGCAGCAGAGGGAUUACUUGGUGAUGGGUGGUGCCAUGCCCGUCCACCAUUUCAUGACUCCUAUGCAGUUCAGACUUCAUCAAGAAAUGCAUUCUCACUUGGCUUGGCAGCAGACACAGAUGAAUUAUAAUCUACAAUACAUGAACAAUGCCAGGCCCAUCCAGAGUAGUGCUCCUGCUGCUGCUACUAGACCGUCGUCAUCAAGGCGUGACAUCCGCACUAAUACUUCAAAUGUUCCCAUCUAUCAACAUAGAUCAAUUACAACUGGUAGAAGAAGAAGGAACCUGAUUGUAACCUCCAUCCUUCAAUCAAGUGACCAAGCUGCUGUUAAUGCCUUCAGGCAAAAUUUCACGAGUCAUCGUCAACUCGUAAACAUAAUGCCUAAUGAGACAAUAUAUGAAGUGGAAGUGGAUCAUGAAGCUGGAUUGAGCGAGGAAGAGAUUAUGAUGAGUGUGGAGAGAUUCAAGAGUGAGCAUGAUGGAGAAGCCUGCUGCAUUUGCCAGGAAGAUUAUAUCCAUGGAGAGGAUAUAUGCAAACUGCGUUGUAAUCAUGUUUACCAUUUUGAUUGCAUAAAGAUAUGGCUGAUGCAAAAGAAUUUCUGCCCAAUGUGUAAAGCACCUGCUAUGUAUGUUGAUGACAUUCAACCGUCCCACCAAACCGCCAGUCCACAACAAGCAGCACCGUAA